GGGAUGGACGUUUAUAAUGCCAUUUUUUAGGAAUAAGAUUUUAAAUUCAAUCAAUAACAUCUUGGAAUGAAUUCAAUUCUUCGAUUAUCAGAGGUGGUCUAUGUGGAACUAUGUCACAAAAUAGGGAGUCCUACAGAAGUGAGGAUGAGGAGAGAAGUAGACGAUACUGGCGAGGAAGUGGAUAAAACAGCUAACAUCAUGAGGGGAUUUGACAGAAUGUUGAGUGGGAGUAGACGUGAGGGAUUCAGGCUGGUAACUUCAGAUUCAGAUUAUAUGUUCUGGCCUCCAGACCACAAGGUAAUCUGUGAUCUCUCUCAAGUCAGUCUCUACCGUAUGCCACAACACACUGUGAUGUUGAUUGAAUGUGAUGAUAUUCCACCUGGAUUUACCAGACUAAAUCUGAAGAGUCCCUCAAAUGACAACAAAAUCAGAUCAUCAUGUGUAUUUAUUUAUGACAAAAUUUAUCUUUCUAGUACAUUAUUUCGCGAUAACCAUUUGCAAUAUGUCGAGUCUAGGUAUGCCUUCAAUUCUUUCAAUCAUGGGCCUUGUUCUACAUUCAGUCUCCGAGAUAUAGAAGCAGACAUGGCUUUUUGUUUCUAUUCUCAUCACUGGCCAAUAAAAGCCCUGCCAUGGAUACAGAGAUGUCGACAGCAAGGCUGGCCGUCUGAUAAAAUUGUAUCUGAUAUAUUAAGCGGAGGGUUCCAUGUUGUUCCUAUUGGCAGCACACCUGAAAAUGAACUAGAAUGGAGAAUCUCAUUCUCGAAAGCAGAACAAAAAAUUGUGUAUUCAAUGAAUCACUGUCAGUUUUUGUGCUAUGGUCUCUUCAAAAUUUUUCUUAAAGAAAUAAUUGAUUCUCAAAAUGAUGCCUCCCCCCUUUGUUCAUAUUUUAUUAAAACAUGUGUAUUUUGGGUAAUUCAGAAUGAUAAGGCCUUGAAAUGGACACCUUAUAAUUUGUUGUCUUGUUUCUGGAAAUGUUUUCAGUUAUUGAUAUACUGGGUACACAUUGGAGAAUGUCCAAACUUUUUUAUUCCUCAAAACAACAUGUUUAGAGUAAAAGUUACCGGCUUUGUUCAAGCUUCUUUGUUCAGUCAGUUGUAUGAUUUGUACAAGAAGGGGAUACCGUGUCUACUAUUAAGUCAAACCCUGAGACCUCACCUCAGUAAGGCUAUAUUAAACAGAACACUGAGGGUCUGUACAGACGAAGACAAUAUUAUAUCUAACACUGGUUUAGAUGUUAGCUAUUUUGGAGAACUUGUUCAAAACAUACAAAUUGAUAGUAUUGAGGAAUUCCAAGUUUAUAUGGAUCAAAUAAAGAGAAUAAUCAUGAGAAACCUAACCCCACAUCAGUUAGUUGCAUUGCAAUAUAUGACAUCAAGUGUGUUACGGAACAUUGCAUUCCUAAUUCAGGAAAUUAUUGAUUCACAUGAAUUUCGCAAUAAGGUUUUUUACAAAGUUGAUAUAGUAUCUAUGUUUCUGAAAGUGUCAUGCACGUUUGGUUGUGUGUCAGACAUUCUCUAUCUUGCUAUGUACUUAAACAAUGAUGGUAGGUAUGAACAUUCAUUCAGUUAUUUAAAAAAAGCACACGGGAGAAUUUCACAACCAUACAUUAUGUAUCAUCGUAAUGUAAACGAAAAUAUGUACAGACAGUACACAGCUGAUAUGCCUUUGAGUGAAAAACUAAGGAUAGCUGUGGUGAAAAAUGUUGAGUUAAACAAUGAUUUCUCUUAUGUUUAUAAACUAGCGCCCGAAAAGAUGAUCAGUAAGAAGAAUGGAAUACCUGUAUUACGUAUCCCACCACUAGUGAUGUUACACUUUUUGUUUAUACUGAAUUACCAUAGACUGGGUAACACAGUCAGAUCACAACAAUCUCUACAAGAUCUACAGACUCUGCUACUGUAUGAUGAUGGGGUUAAUGUCCCUUUUCCCCUCAGAGAUAUUUCAUGGCAAGUAUUAGGAAUCUGCCAACAGGUCUGCGGAGACUCUUUGGGAUCACUGUCGUCUUAUCAAACUUCCUUACAACAAAUGCCAUUUCACAAGAUCCAGGAAGCUACAAUGCUAAGGAUGACCAGUUUUGAUCAUGAAGAGUUUUUUUUUGAUCAAUGAAAUUGAGAGACGACUUUUAAAAAAUUAUUUCACUUUAAUAAAGUUAGCGCUUAGCUCUUGUCCAAUUUUAUAAACCAGUUGUAUUAUAUUUUUUCAUAUUUAAGAUUUUUCCCUGCAACUGAACAUUUUAUUCCUUGAUCAUAGGUGUGAUUUAUGUAAUUUUAGAUUUAUGUUGUAUAUUGUUCCUUGGUUUGAUUUUAUUCAUUUUUUCAGUCAAAACGGAA